GUGAAUCUUAUGAAUCAAGUGAUGGUCACUACCAUGGUUGAUAGGAAUUUUAUACCAUCAAAUGAUGACGAAAGUUCAGAUACAAGUGAAGAAGGCGAUUCACCUGUACCUACUAAAACUACACCCGAAAAAACUCCACAAACUUGUUGGAGGCAAAGAAGGGACGAGAAUUGUGAACGGGUGAAAAGGAAAAGACGACGCAAUUUAGGGCAAGAAUAUUCAACAGUAAAGAACAGGAAACUCAUUAAGCUUCGAGAAUUGGGUUCACUAUGUAGAUCCAGAAGAACUGCCGAGAGAAGCUCAGUAAUAGCCGUGAAAAUAUCUUGACAAAAUUGUGGGAUCUAGGUUCCUAUGAUCUUCAGAACAGUUACCUUUUUGGUGCUAUUCCAGUUCAAAAAAAGAAAAGAUCUUACAAGAAAAAACAAAAAC